CCCGUACCGAGCAGUAUUUAGUUAUAUGCUCAUUUGAAUGACGAGGUUACACGCUCCCUGCAUCUCUCUCGCUUUUGCCAUAAAACAUGGCGGACUUCCUAGCAACGUGAGAUGUAAUUUUCUUGUUACCAAACAGUGUAAAAGUGAAUUUAUCGCAGAUAUUAGAUCGUAGUCAAGAAUGAGUUUGAUACGCGCUUUUGUUAUAAGCUUUGUAUUCAUGCUCGUGGCGCAAGGCUCACUAGAAGCGGGUCAGUUGUUCGCUCCCCGCGAUACGAUCGGAAGCGACCCAAAAACCGAAGACAGAACUAUAAACAACCGCCUGGCGAUUUGUGAGUCUCGAUGCAGAUCUGAGAGGCAAGACACACUACAUUUCCAAAAGGUUUGUAACAAUACAAUUGCUAGAGUAUGUUUUGGUUAGUGGUAGUACCAUGUGGCAAUUGCUCAUUACGCUUUUUCCCCUGUCUAGACAAAACAUCGAAGAAAUGCGUUUGUAUCAAGGCGUAGAGGUGCUAAAAACAACCCAUUAUGAAAGCGGGAACUAAUGGAAGUUGUAAUAGCUUCUCCAGACUAGGCUCGGACCUCUCUACAGCUUUACUGAUCAAAACAUUUUCAGCGACGGGUUGUGCAUUGUUUUUCGAGCAGUGUUGCAGGAAGUCAUAAAUUUUUGAAACGUUCAACCAAGGAUGUUACGAUUCCUUUUAAAUUAUUAGCUAUUUUUACCGCCCCGUUCCCUCCCUAGCCUUUCAUCUCUAAUUAAAAUGAUUCCAGGUGAGGAUUAGAUGGGAGGAAACGUACAGUGUGGCUUUCGCAUAGUUUACUUAUGCAAUAAUUACAAGUCGCACACAAUAAAUAUAGUUAGUUCGCACGAAUUCAACUCAUUCCCACGUGAAAUAUCACUCUUCAAAGUUGGAAACAAGGCUUUAGGCAAGGCGAUAUUGAUGUAGACUUGCCAAAUAUUGCCAUCAAUUAAAAAUGUUAUUAGAAAACAGAACAGGUGCGCUUCAGCGUAAUGUUUGCUUCAAACCCUGAAGGCGAAUGGCUGCUCUCAUUCGAUCGAGAAACAAACAUUGUACCUGUUAGUUUAAUUUAAAAAUACUAUGGGUACAGUUCCUUGGCCAAUAUUAAGAGAAAGUAUCACAUUUCCUUGCGUUAAAAGUAUGCAACAGCAUGUUUAAUUCUGCAAUUUCUUGUGGGGUUUUUAAAAACAGAAUUGGUUUCAUUGUUGCCAUAGGAGUUUACAUGGAUAAUCCAUUCUAAUGAUUGAUAUUAUAGCUGCUAUUUCAUUCUCUCCCAAUUCACAGUUUAAAUUAGUUGCUUUCAAACAAAGACUUUUCUGAAGACAUCGUCAUCGACUGAUAUUGUAUAUGUAUAGUAUUGCAGUUUUGCAAUUGCAAAGUAUCAAGUAGCUUUGAAGUGGGUAGCAUGUAUUAUUGUAAACAGAAGAGGAAUUGUAUGUGUGUUUUAAACAAUCAAAGAUCGUAAAAUAGCGACAAAAAAAGUUGGUCUCAUGCCCAGAAAAAUUUCGCAGGAGAAAAUAUCAUUGAUAGUAUUAUAAUUAAUUUUGUCUCAACCAAAGUUAAAUGAUUAGGUGGUUACUCAAAUGUUGCAUUCAGAGCCCCUUUGCGGUAACUGCUUCAAAUUUUGGCAUUGUCUCUGAAAAAGUUUCUUGGUCUGUGCUCCAGAAUGGAUUAUAAACCAUUGAGCCAAUUGUCUCUGACUCAAACAUCUUAGACUCUCCUUACUGAUUGCCAAACAUGUCUUGGUUGGCUUUUAAUGAAAAUUUCAUGAUGUCUCAAGACAUUUAAAGUACAGAGUAUCCCCUCUCUGAUGAUUUUGUAAAUUCUCCGUACCUGUUUACGAGGAACUGAACAAGAAUUGUAUGCUUAGGAUAAUUUCUAUGGUAAUCAUUCUUGGGAGUCUGGGUUAAAAUGGUAACUGUAAUCGUACGUUUGAAAGUUUUUUAUAAAUACAUGAGUUACUCUAUUGUUUGUUUUUCCUGUAUAUUUCACCAACGUUUCUGCCUUUUUCAUUUUAGAGAGCUCCUCAGCUGUCUCAGUUGUGCCUCAGGGAAUGCAUGAAAAGCAAAGAAGAAGGUGGUUAUUAGCAAUUGCAAGAUUGGAUUAUGCAGGACAAAAAUUUUGAUUGACUUUUGGCCUCUGUCCUAUAUUAGCUCAUUACAUAUAUAGCCUAACUAAUACUUUCUGUUUUUCAGUGUGAAAUGAAAUAAGUAAAUCAUUAUUAUUAAAUUUUCUGCUGGAUAAUGACAAAUAACAAACUCUUGACCAGAUAAACUACAGUUGCACUUAUUAUAGAAUGUGAUGAAAUCUGGGAAAAUUUCCUAUUCAAUGGAACCUGUGUAGGGCCUGUUUCUAGAAGGUCCCCAUGUGUUAAAUGGGCUGCAAAGCUGUUCUGUUUUCAUUUAAAGUGGUUAUAAAAGUUUUGAAAAUUAUACAAUAAAAGACUCAGCUAAAGAAACAAGAUGGACUGGGUAGGGUGUCAGAACCUGCUUCUCAAUCCUUUAAAUUUUGAUUCUUAAGUAAAAAAAGAACAAAACAAAACAGAAAAAAAAAUAAGCUCCUGGAUCCAGAUAUUAGUUGGGCACCACUUCCUAUGUUGACUGAUGUACAGUUAGUGCACGAUAUGAUAGUGCAAAGCUGCAGGUUAGAUGAGAGGGAUGUAUUUUGGAUUUACACCUGGCCCCAGUUGUUCAAAGCUGGGUUAAGGUAACCCAGGGUUAGUGUGAAAUUUGAUUUCAGGUCUGAAAACUUUAAGAGAAAAUUCAGUUCAAAUCUUUUUGCUUGCAAUUUGAUCAUUGGAUGUUCUAAAAAGAAUAGUGAAAAUUUUCCCAAAAAGACUUUUGAACAAAGAAAUAAAGAAAGCUGGAUUAAAAUUUAACCCUGGGUUAGAGCUAAUCGGCCUUUGAACAACUGGGCCCAGGUUGUUGAAUAUAAGGUGAUAAACCAUCCUAUUCAAUUGUACCAUCAACUAUCUUAUGAGCUGGAAAAAAAGUAAGAAAAAAUACAAGAAAAAAGUAAAAAGGGGAUUAUUUUUGGCAACAAAAUCUUAGUUAAGGCUCUUUACAAGAGGAAUUUCUUGAAGUGAAUUAAAAAUUAUUAGCCAAGGAUCAUCUUACCAUGUUUACAAAUUCCUUUCCUCUAGAUGUAGUUACAAAGAAUAUGCGAAUACGACGAGAUGUUGUAGGAGAAAAAAGAAAGCAGGAGAAAAAAGAAAGUAAGAAAAGAAAAUUUAUCUACUAUCUAAUGCAAAUGGAGUUAUGAUAAAAAAUGCCAAAGCAAACUGGGAAACUAUGGCCAAUGAACCACUUCUAGCCUGGCUACUAUUGUGUGCGUAGUGGUUGAGAAGACGGGGUAUGUGGUGAUUGCUUAGGCUAGAAUGGCCACUAUUACAACUACUAUAAGGUGAUUGAGCAAGAUUACAAAUUAGUGGGUGGAAUACUGUUGAAAACAUGUGUAUCUAUGAUGUGACAUUUCUUUCUAGAAAAUCCUAUUGGAUGUUGCAGAUGGGAUAAUACAUAGGUUGCCAAUGAAUUCAUUGGCUUAAUUUUAAUGGCUUGAUUUUUUUAUUCAGAGUGUUAGCUGUUUGGGGUUAUAUGCACCCUUUACAGUCAUUUAUGUCACAUUGGGUUGUUUCCCAUAACUGAAGUAAGAAUUUUCUGCGCUGACCCCCUCUACAAGAUCCCAAAAUAUUUUACGCUGAAAUAUAUACAUUUUUUGUUCAUUCUUCUUACAAUAUUUUGUUGGUAAUUCUCUGAAAAUAAUAUUAGAAGUAUUCAAAAGGUUACUAUAGAAAAAUGGAAACAUAAUUGCUAGACUGUAUGCUUGUGCAACUCACUGCCUAUUUUAUUUUUCAUUGCCCAUGUACAGUGUACAUGAUAACUUUAAAUCUUCAUUCUCAAAUAGCACAAGAAAUGUGUAUCUUUAUACCCCUCUUCAUUAAUGAAUGUCUGCUUCAUAUUUUUAUGCACUUCAUGCAAAGAUAUUGAUACAUAUUAACACUUGAACUCUCAUGAGUGAUUAACAUGUAACGUCUCCUUAUGAUAUCCAUACAUUAUCCAGCAUACAGUUAUGGAAGUACCAAACCCUUUUAACCCCCCCAAGAGUGACUAGCAUCUAACUUCUCCUUACAAUAUCCCCCCUGAAUCACGCAUUAAGGUCACAAGAAUAAUGAAAAUGAUCACCAACCAAAGAGACUCUUGAUUGUUAAUCAAGUUCUCCUUGUCAGCACCUUUGGAAUUAUGGAGAACGGUGUGGAGAAUAUGCAUACUGAUACUAGGGUGUAAAGGGUUAAACCUAUCAGGUAAAAGUUGUUAUUUUGAUCUGGCACAAAAUUCUCUUAAUUAAUUUACAAGGGAAUGAGAAGUAACUACAGGGAGAAAUUAACAGUCAGAUCAUGGGAGUUGAAGGGUCAAUAAGUCUAGAGACGCACUAUAAUGUAAGAGAAGAGCUGAAUCUACAUUGUGUACCAUACAGUUUGUUAUAAAUAUCAAUGAAUAGCUCCUUUCAAUAUUUUUCCACUCAGAUUGUUUAAUACCAUCCCUGUUUCUGGAUUAUCAUUCUGUUAAAGCUACUGUGGAAGUGGAUUUUUUGGAAAGAAAACCAAACUUAUCAAUAUCAUGGAAGCCAGUUUACACUGGUAAGAUAAAAAAUCAUUGAUGCCAUCUCCAUACCAAAUUGUUUACACAUGUAGUGUAUGAGUUUUGCUUUCAUUUUUGAUCUGUUGAUUUAUGUAUGUAUUAUGUUUGCAAGAUCCUCAUUUUAUCCUCAAAGAUCUAGAAAGAUUCUUGCAAAAAUGUUGCAAAGAUCUUGACAAGGAUUCCUGUAAGAUUCUGAUCAAAUGCUGAAAGAUUUUAAUGAAUAUCUUAAUAAGUUCCUUGAAGGGAUUGUUUUAAGAUCUUCGAAAGAUCCUUGUUUUGUCUUUGUUUGAAGAGCUUGAUGAAGCUUUCUAGGAUAUUUAUCAGGAUCUAUGUAGGAUCCUUAGAGGAUCUUCAUCAAAUCAUUGAGGUUCUUAAUAACUGACUUUGGAUAUAAAGAUCCAUCAGAUCCUUCUGAGGAUCCUUUAAAGGUCCUUGUCUUUAAAGAUCUUUGGUAGGUCUAAGAGUCCUCAAACUUCUUGUACCAACUGAAGAUCUUUGUUGACUUUUACCAAGCUUGAGAGGAAGUUUUGAAGUGGGUGCCAGAUCAUGAUCUGUUUCCUUACGAUUUCCUGCAAUUUUCAGAUUUGUUUUAACCCUUUAACUCUCAAAAGUGAAAAACUCCCUAUAAUAUCUGUAUAAUAUCCAACAAACAGGUAAUGAGAAUGCUCAAACUUUUCAGUUAGGAGCUGCUAUCUUGAUCCAGUACCAAACUCACAUAACUAAUUCACAAGGAAAUGUGUAGCAGCUAGAGGGGAGAAUUAACAAUUAGAUCUUGGGACUUAAAGGGAGAUUGGCCAACUCAUAAUUUGUUUGCUUUCUUUCCUAUGUAAUGUGAAGAUUCAUGGUACAACUGGACAUCAUAUGCCAUUUUUUACCAGUCUGGGGAAGGACCACCUUUAUGUAAAUUAAUACCAAAGGUAUUCUUUAAAUGAGAAGCUGUUUACCUUUGUUACAUUUAUCUAUUUGAAAAAAAUGUUAAAAUAAAUAGAAGACCACAAGUCCUAAUUAGAAAUUUGAAUUAGAUUGAGUUAUAAACAAAAUUGAACAUUAGUCAAUGCAGUAAUUUUUUUGGAUAUCUGGCAUUGACCUUCAUCCACUUCAAUAAAAGUGAUUAAGAUUUAAUAUUUGUUCAACCAUGGAGAUGAGAUUUAUUCUGUAACUAAAUUUUAGAACCUUGUUUCCCAAACAAAGAUGUACUUAUGGUAAUGAUGAUUGCUUGCACAGACCUGUGAUAAAAUGUCCUUUUUCUUCAAUGUGGAAGACUACCACAAAGAAGCCAGUUACAUUUUUCAGUGUCAGUCACAGUCAGUGUCACAAGCUUUGUUUACAGAGUAUGGCAAUUGCCUUGGAAUGUUAUCUUUAAAAUCUCCCAAUGAUGCAUGUUGUUGUUCUUUGUUCCUCUUUACCAUUUAGGACCAGCAUAAGUUCAUUCUUGCAGAUGGUGAGGGUUGGGAAUAUCCAAGUGCUAUUCACAUGGUGGUAUGUAUUGUUCAUGUGUGUUUACUUACCCUGUUUUUCUUAACAACAUCAGUUCCCAAGUGAAAUAAGUUUAUCUGCUGUCAUUUAAACUACUUCUUCUAACAAUAAAUCGUUUUAAGUGUAUUCCUUUAAACAAUCCCACGUUCUGUACACCUUUUGACCUUCACAUCCUUUUUGGGAUGAUGCUGUAGUUAGUUGGAGUGCACUCACCUCUCAUUGCUAUGGUUGGGUCAAUUCUCCUAAUACUGUAUCUGUAGUUAACUCCGAGGAGUGAUUUUGAUGUAACUUUUUGUUACAUUUUUAUUAUUGCAUGUAAGUUAAGGAAAAGACAAUGGUAAGAAGUACAGUAGGUAAUGGCUAACUGGUUAAGGGGUUUUUUCCUGAUGCAACCGAUGAUGUUUAUUGCAGAUUUACACUUAUCCUCACUCCAAAGGAAGUUCACAUCUCUUGGAGACAUAUUGUACGUAUUGCCUUUUGUUUUUUCCCCAACACUUCUUAGAGUAUUUUUAAUUUGGUAGUGAAUUGCUGCUGGUAAUGUUGUACUGUUGGAUUUACAGUUAUUGUCUUUCUAGGGAGCACGUGGUUCUAGGGUUGGUAGCCGAGCCGCCUUGUUUGAUUAGGUUUAAAAGAAAAGUCAACCGAUUAAGUUUUGUUUAAUUAGCAGAUCCUCCCGCACGACCACUGCCGACAUUUCCUCCAACGUCCUCUAACGGUAAGAGCUUGAAAUGUCUUUCAGUCAGAAAAGUGGAGGAAGCCUGCGUGGUUGACGGUUUUGUGGGCGUUGAAACCUCCAGUAGCUUCUCCGCUCGUUUUCAUGGCUUCAUCGCUUUGCGCUUGAAGCACAUACAAAACCGCCAGCCACGCCGUCUACUGUGGCAGUAAACUCUAGUGAUUUCCAGGCCAGUUGCAAAACGGUAGCCAUUUCCCAGAUAAAUCACGUCACUAAAAGAGAAGCAUUUCAUGGGAAAAUAUUGAUGAACUAAACUAAGGUUUCUGUCCUCUUGUUAAUGAGGGCUUUGCAUUUGGUCUCAAUCUGAAAGCAAAGUUUUUAUAAAAGACGGAAAUGGCCUGUAUUUGAUAUAUAGAUGUGAUAACAGAGCUAGAGGAGCACUCAAUCCCAAUGAAAAGUUGAUUGGUGGCUAAAGUGAAUCAUAGCCUCUUUCUGUGUAAGGCGUGACAAUCUCCUAGAGUUGUCUAUGAUAUAUAAUACAUGUUUACUAUAUAAGGAUAUAAUAUUUAUAAACAUAAAUGUUUUCGUCAAAAGUCCACGAAGUGAAAUUCCCUCUCCCCCUAAAACGUUGAUGUAAGCUAUUUAUUAUCACCUGUUAUGUAAUAGGUUGAAAUAUCCACGAAUUUUGAUGGGUCCUACCUAUAAUCGAUUAGAGGACAGGAGCAUGAAUGACGUCAUCAUGAACAAUCUUCUACCUCUUUUAUUAUAAAAAACAAAUAGAUUCCAUAUUGCCUUGGGUUUGUUCAGUAAUAGAUCACAGAUGACGUUAAGAUCAAUCAAUCAAUCAAUCAAUGUAUUAUAAAUAAUAUAAAGCCUUUUGAAGGUUUGUAAAUUUAUGAUAAGUUAAGAUUAAAAACGAACUAAUACGAAACAUUUUUGUUUAUAUAAUUUUAUAUAUUUAUAACAAUGUUUUUCAAACUAAGUUAAAAAAAAAAUGUAUAUAUUAUAUAUGAAAAAAAUUGAAAAUUUUAAAAAGGGUAAAGAUUGAUCAAGAAUAGAUCUACAUCGGACUCAGAGUCCCGUGAGAUUGAAUGAUUUUAGGUUGUUUUUAAAAGCAGUGUAUGCUUGAAUCUUCCGAGACGCGUCUGGUAUAGCGUUCCACGAUUUCGAUGCAGCGUAUCUCCACGAUACUAAGUUGUUGACUUUACUGACUUUUGGAAGGACUAGUCUUAUGGUGCCCCAUGUAGUAGGAACAUCGGUGACGCACUCAGCGGCGCCUCGUGUGCCACUUUGUUUUUCUUACCCCCAUUUUGACGUCAUCUGUGAGUUUUUACUAAGCGGACGCACGGCGUCAUGGAAUACAUUUGUUAAAUAUAUACAAGAGAAAACGUUACUUUCUAUUGAUAUAUCAUAAUGUGCGACACUGGCAAGCAGGCUGUUGUGGAUUAAGUUCCCAUAAGGCGGUGUUUUAUGAUUAAUUUACUUUUUUUUAGUGUAAUGCAACAUCCUCUUAUUCAUCCAGUUGUUGCCGACCCCUCCACCUUUGAAUACGUAUACUGUUCAUAAACUCCCAUUCCAUCUCAUCACUUGUUACACAUAUAAACCAUACUCUUUCUCAACAGACACCAUCAAAAUUGCGGUGGCCGCUUCAGGUGCAGUUUUUGGCCUUGUUUUAUUGGCGGCUUUCUUGUUCUUCAUUUAUCGUAGACGAAUCAGGCCAUGUUCACUUCUUUAUGAAGGUUUGUUUACUAAAGAUCGAGACCUUAAAAAACAGUAGUAGAAUAAAGUAGCAUAGGGCAAUACUAAAUGGUCCUGUUUACCCUCCAGGAAAUAUUUUCCUUCAUGAAAAAAGAUAAAAAAGUUGAGAUGAAUUGGCCUUCUGACUGGUUUGAAGGCCAGAUGAAGAAUCGAAUGACAGCUGUACAACGUUUUUCUUUGAAUUGCCAAUCCCUUUGUGGCAACUUUGUUGGAAUUUGCCUUUCCUACUUAACCCUCUCACUCCCAGAAGUGAUAGACAAGUAACAUCUUCCUUGAGUAUCCAUACAUAAUGUAGCAAACAGAUAACGAGAAUGCUCAAACUUAUUAGGUUGGAGUUGUUUUCUUGAUCUAACACCAAAUUCUUGUAUCCAAUUAACAAGGAAAUGUGUGACAGCUCGAGGGGAGAAUUAUCAAUUAGAUAUUGGGACUUAAAGGGUUAAGGAGGUUUUUUAAUACUGAUAAAGGUCCAUCCUCUUUUAUUUUACUCGUUUGCACGAGUUGUGACCUGAUGAUCCAUUUCUGCAGAAAAGUGUGUUGGCGCGUGACGUUGUGUUCAGAGCUUCAAAAGGCCGUAGCGCCAUUACUUUGCCUGAUCUAUUUGUAUUUUUUCCUUUGUUUUUGUUGUUGUUGUUGUUCGCCAUGUUAUCGGCAUUAAGUUGAUACCCAUAAGAGUGCACGUAUUGUGAGAUGUUUCCAGUUUUCGUAAUUACAUUUCGAAUCUUUUUUAACAGGUGACAGGCGUCAAGAGGGGUAUUUCAUGCCACCAAACAAUUUAGGUGAUUUUAUGAUAUAUCUUUUCAUUCUGAUAUCUUUCUGUGUGGUCACUCUAACCCCUUACACCCUAACAUUAGUAUUGACAUUUUCCACACUCAUCAUUCUACAUUUCCCGUGGUAAUUCAAGGAGAAUUUAACUUAAAUUUGACAAACAGGAGCGUCUUAAAUUGAUGAUCAUUUCCAAUAUUCUUAUGACCUUUACAUUUGAUACAAGGAUAUUAAUGUAGGGAAAAAUUAGAAGCUAGUCGCCCUGAGGGGUUAAAGAGUUAAUAAAUAAUUCGUGUGUGCGUAAUUAAAUAUAACUGAAUGCCCUUGCAAUUUUUGGAACUUGCUUUGGUACGCUUAGGAGUGGUUAAUAAGGAAGUACGUUUUUACGUAACCUUAAUGGUCAUGAAUGUUAUCGAAACUUGGGCACUGUUACUGUGGUGAUGUUAGAGUAUUAUGGACGACUUGUUCUUAUCACGGGGUCAACUACCCAUGCUCCAAGAAAAACAAUGAUUAAGAGCACAUUGGUGACUUUCCUAUUUAUUUUCAUAAAUUUGUAUUUGGAGAAAAGUUGUUUGAAAUUAAUGUGGGUUCAUCAUUGUUGGAUUAUUAUGCUUCUGUAUCAGUAGUUUGUUAUUUUUACCAUGAAUUGAAUUUACUCACUCUGUCUCUGUUUUAUUUUGGAAUCAUGACAGUCACCAUUCCAGGUAUGUUUUGUUUUCCACGUAAGUUGCCUUAUUACAAAAGCUGUGUUUUGUUUACUGGUAUUGUUUUAGAUAAACUUGUAAGUAUUGUAAUUAAACUUUCUUUUUUUUUAUUCAAUCCUCAUUCCGUAGCCCCAGGAAGGCCUACUCCAGGUGUGUUACUCAUCUUCCUGUGUUCAUAUCACAUAAUAGUUACAUAAUCGCUCUGAAAAACUUUAUCAGCGUUCGUUUUGGUCAGACGUAUAGAGAUACCUCAAAGCGGAUUUAAGUUUUGUCCUGAUUCUUGAUUAAUAAGUCGGUUUGUUUUCCCAUGGAUUAUAUAGAAUUAUGGUGUUGAACCAUCGAUUUUCCUGCUAUCUAAAAAAACUGGUUUAAUUCAAGUGGUUGGGCUGUCAGUGGGUGUUGUCAAGUGCAAAUAAGUAAGUUAUUUGCUUCGUAAUGUAAUGUUCUACUGAAUAUUAUACUGACCAUUUUAUUGCGGUUUUUUCCAACACAGUAGCUCUUUCAACAGCUCCAAACGCAGGUUAGUGUAGGACUCUUGAGUUCUUAUUUAGAAACUCCCUGAAGGGUUAAAAAAUUCCUCUUUUUGACGUGUUUGGAAAAAAAUCAUUUCCUUCAAAUGCCAGUUUAAAAUUAAUGGUGGUCGGAUCGCAUUAAGAGCUGCAUUGAGAUGAAAGAUGCUGUCUUAACUAAACAUCCAUUUUCUUGCAUGUGAUAACAUUUGCAUUGAAAUUAUUUUCUUUUCGUCGACUUGCAGUACGCUGCAAACAGAUACCCCUAAAAACUGCUUGUAACCAGACUCUGGUGUAGACACAAAUUCUGUAAAGUUAGUGGAUCUCUUUAAUUUCCCCCUACUUUUUACACCUCUGAUGCGAUCUCCUUGUAGGUAAGAUUUGGUGAACCCUUUAACCCUUAAGAGUGAUAAGUAACGAUUUUCCCUCAUCAGAAUCACCCCUAAAUCAAACAUUGAGGUCAUAAGAAUAAAGGAAAUGAUCACCAACUUAAGAAUCUCUUGAUUAUUAAGAAAAUUCUCUUCAUCAACACCCAAGGAAGUCUAUAGAGAGCGGUAUAAAGAAUAUGCAUUUUGAUGUUAGGUUUGAAGGGUUGAGGCUUUCGUUGUAACCCAUUAGUAAGUUUAUACAUGUACCUCAGUCUAUAGUCAUCGAUUGCCUCAUUUGUUUGCGUCAUCGUGUUACGUCAUCGCGUUACGUCAUCUUGUUCAAACCUUUCAAUUGUUAGGUCCUGACUCUUUCUACGCAUGCUAUUUUCCUGAAAACGAGUGGUUCAAGCUUCAAGUAGCUUCGGUCGUGAAUUUCUUCAGGAACAAUGGCUACCCAGUGGAAAUGGAUGUGAUGAAUUCCUGCGAACUCUCUAGUGGACCAACUCGCUGGGCUGAACAACAAAUUCGGCGAGCUCGAAAUGUCCUUAUAUUUCUGUCUCCGGGACUUUUGCGUCUUUCUGGAGUUGACGAAGAUGAUCCGGAAACUCAUCAGGUAAACGAAAAUUAUCCUAACAGUCCUUGCUGAGAACUUAAAGUUUCCUUCAACAACCUUUGUCUAGCAAUCACAAUUUAGCUGCUUGUACGUACUAUUACUCUGUUUUGAGUUUUUCAUUCGUUUUAGUUUUCAAUUUGCCUCAAUGGUAUAGUUUUAGUAUAACUUUGUAGAGACAUUUCAGAGCGAAACUCUCCAUACUUUCAGGACUAGAAACAUUGUCCCCUGAAUAGAAGUGUCGUUUUGGUGAAGAUUAAGAUACGUUAGAGCCUCCUUCAGCGAAUACACUCAAUGCUUCAACUGGUUCCCCAUGAAAAUAGGUGGUACGAAAGAUUAAUUUCACCCUAUUGAAAUUUUGAUUAUAUCUGGGUACUUCAUUUUAAGUCUACAUACUUUUAUCCACUGCUCUUGGCUCCCGUUCAUCAACGCUGUUGUUAGUUGUCCCUCUACUAGAGUGGGCUCUCAAGAAAUAUUUCGUUUUUUCAAUUUUCAGGAACACGAGCGCGUUUGGUAUGAACUUGCUUUGCUUAAGAAAAUUUUCCUACAGACUCACUCCGCUAGUAAAAUGGUGUGCAUUGCUCUACCAAAUACGAACAUUAAACCUCAGGAACUCCCUCUGUGGGCUGAGCUGAUCUAUAAAUGGCCUGAGGAUGAGCAGAAAAUUUUCAAGCGCUUAAACGACAAACCUAUUAUCCAGCCCUGGAAGUGCUGAAGAUGACGAAUAGAAAUGUAUUAUGACGAAUGAUCUGCAAUCUUGUUUUUUUAUUGUGUAAGGGAGCCAAGGCGGGGCUUCAAUAUUGAGAACGUUGAAGAAAAUAUGUACAUUCAGUGUUCCUUUGCUAUACGAAGAUUGACGCGAUCAUCAUUAUUCAGAGGUUCAAUGCUUUAUUCUAUUUAUUUGUUUGUUUGCUCGUGUUCCUUUUUGCAAUCUGUUCCUUGUUAUCUAAGGAAACUGCUCAAUUCUUAAUCAGUCCGAUAGGCAGCCGCGUAGCCGUUCAAAUAUUUAAUGAUUUAGUUAGUGAAUCGUUCCGUGUUGGGGUCAACUGGUGGGAAAGUUAACCGUCAGUAUGCAUAUUCUCUAUACUGCUCUCUACACGUUUCCUAUAUUGCUGACAAGAAGAAAUUGUGAAACAACGAGAGCUUCUCUUGUUGGUGAUCAUUUGCUUUAUUCUCGGUACCUGAAUGUUUGAUUCAGAGCUGAAAUUUUUGGGAGAAAUUAGAUGGCAGUCACUUUUAGGGUUUAUUAAUAAGUCUGUGUCUUUCAGUCAGUUGAUCAGCCAGUCAGUCUCCUUGGGCCUAUUGUACAAAAAUACCGCACAACUUAUUUCAAUAGUAGCCCUUUUUUCGCGGUUUACAAUCAAGUUCGAUACAUGGGGUUAAAGACCGAGCAUUGUUUAUUGCCUGCGGGGGAGAGGGGAAGGGAGUGGGAAGAUUCUGGUUGUGUGUUUCUCCGCAAUUAUAUUUAUCUGUUUCCCUCACAAGGCUCUGUAGAAUUCUGACAAUUCCCCUAUAUUGGCUGUCAAUUUUUAAAGCCCCCCCCCUUUAACUCUGUUGAAGAUGACUGGUCCCUCGUUCCCCUUGAAAAACCAUAUGAUCUUCCUUAAAUCCCCCGAACCCCCCUCCCUUCAGGCAAUAAAUUGUGACUGGUCCACUAUUAGCAUGGUGUAUAUUGAGAUGGCGAUGAUUCAAUUUGUUGUCAAAUAAACACAUCAUUGUAUAUAUCCUUAUAUCCCACAUCUACAAAAGAUUGUUUGAGUCCCUUUCAAUGGCCAUAAGGUAAAAUAUGGACUGGACUAUUGGACUAUUUUUCUUGGAC